AUGAUACGUCGUGCAUUGCGCGUGCGCCGUGCGUGUCCCGCGACGGCGCCAGUCUUCCGUCGGUGGAAGAGUGAGGAGACUGCGCCGCCCGUGCAAAAGCUGAGCGAUGAGAUCCGACGUUCGCAAGAGGAAACGCGCCGCGUGCUGCUCUUGAUCCGCACGUUCAAACAAUAUGGCCACUACGUCGCUCAGAUUGACCCUCUUCAGAAAAGGGAAAAGCUGCCAGAGCUCGAGCGGUGGAUUAACGGCGAUCGGUGGGUCGAAACGCCCUUUUUCGACGAGGUGAACCUCCGCAGCCUCGCUGUGUCCAAGAACCUACUGGAGCUCACGACUCACGGUUUCACGGCCAGCGACUUGGAUCGCGAGUUUUUCAUUGGCCAGGACCUCUCUAUUGGUCCAGUCGCAACACUCCGAGAGAUUGUGACGGAGCUCCGAGAACUCUUUUGUGGACGCAUUGGGAUCGAGUAUCAGCAUUUGCGCAAUCGGGAUGCCGCGCUCUGGAUCCGUGAGCGGCUGGAAAUGUACAAGGAAUACCACUUUGGCGAUGAAGAAAAGAUCGAUAUGCUGCGUCAGAUGGUGCAGGCUGAGCUCUUUGAACGCUUCCUUGGACGGCGUUUUUCCGGAGCCAAGCGCUUUUCCAUCGAAGGCGGCGAGAGCUUGAUCCCUGGUCUUUGUGAACUCCUCCAGAACGCUAGUGACCACGGCGUCGAGGUCGUCCAGAUGGGAAUGGCUCAUCGAGGACGUCUGAACGUCCUCGCGAAUGUGCUACAACGACCGCUGCGCUCGAUCAUUUCCCAAUUCCAGCCAUACUUGCCAGAUGAACCUGACUACCCAAACAACUCGGAUGACGUGCGGUACCACCUCGGAACAUCGUCUGUCAUUGAGACACGCAAUGGCAAGCAUUUGGAGAUCAACUUAGUGGCGAAUCCGUCGCACCUAGAAGCGGUCAAUCCGGUUGUGCUUGGUCAGGCGCGAGCUUGUCAAACGCAACUAGGCGAUGAUGGAAGUCGGGUGAUGCCGAUCUUGAUUCAUGGAGACGCUUCGAUGUUCCAGGGGUCCGUCCGGGAAACGCUGGGAUUUAGCUCGCUCGAAGACUUUCGAACGGGUGGAACGAUCCACGUGGUUGUUAACAACCAAAUUGGCUUCACCACACUGCCGAAGAACGCAGAUUCUGCCGUGUAUUGCACUGAUGUUGCCAAGGUCUCCAGAAGCCCAAUCUUCCACGUGAAUGCUGAUGACCCGGAGGCAGUUGCAAAGGUGAUGAGAAUUGCUGUUGAAUUCCGUCAACUGUUUCAUUGUGAUGUGACCAUCGAUUUGGUGUGUUACCGUCGCCACGGCCACAAUGAACAAGAUUCACCGGAGAUCACUGCACCAGUCAUGUACCACUUCAUCAACAAACACCCCACCGUGAUCAAAUUGUAUUCUCAAAAGCUCAUGAGCGGAGGUAUCUUGUCAGCGGAUGACUUUGCGAAAAUGUGUUCGUCGUUUGAGAACCACCUUGCCUCCGAGUAUGACCACUCACGCGAGACGCAUUCCGGUUGGGACAAUUCUGGUGACACAUCGUGGAAAACUGAGUCGUAUACGGAUACGAGCAGUCUCAACACACAGCACGCGAGUAGCCUCUCAAGUGCAGAUGAUACUGGUAGGAAGCAAGUUUACGACCGAUCAAAGGGCGUUGAUCAGAAGUUUCUGGAAAAGCUAGGCAGUCAGCUCUUUCGGAUCCCACAGGGGUUUUCAGCUCAUCGGAAAGUUGAAGCCAUUAUGAACAACCGGCUACGCGCAGUCGAGACCGGUGCUCGAGUUGAUUGGGCGACAGCAGAGAUGCUAGCAUUUGGUUGCCUGCUUGUGGAAGGCAUUGAUGUGCGGCUCAGUGGACAAGACUGCGAACGCGGCACCUUCAACCAACGCCACGCUGUUCUGUACGAUCAAUUUGAAGCUCUCUCCGGGCGCAGCUCGUCGUACACGCCACUGAAUAAUCUUGACAUCGAUGGAUUGAGAGAUACGCUCCUUAUGACGGAGUUAGAAGAUGUGCCACGAGGACGCUUUGACGUCGUAAACAGUCCCCUUAGUGAAGAGGGGGUGCUUGGCUUCGAAUACGGAUACUCAUUGCAAACUCCGAUGGGCUUGACUAUAUGGGAAGCUCAAUUUGGCGACUUUGCGAACGGUGCUCAGACAAUGAUUGACACCUUCAUUGCAACGGGUGAGCAGAAGUGGCAGCGACAAUCGGGUAUCGUGCUGAACUUGCCGCAUGGCUUCGAGGGUCAAGGACCAGAGCACAGCAGUGCACGGAUCGAGCGUUUUCUUGAUUUGGUCAACGAAGACUGUGACGAGUUUACAACGAAACAAGACGUCGAUGCUGCAACAACACGAGCAAACAUCCAGGUGGUCAUUCCGUCCACGCCUGCCCAAUACUUCCACGCCCUUCGUCGCCAAGUAUCUUCUAGCCAUCGCAAACCGCUGAUCAUGUUCACCCCAAAGUCGCUACUUCAUCACCGCCCAUGCAACUCGGAUUUGCUGGACUUGACUCUGGGCACGUCAUUCCUGCGCGUGCUUCCACCACACCCCGACGAUCAAGCCACGAUGGUGAAUGAUGACAAGAUCCGCAAACUGGUGCUCUGCUGCGGCAAAAUCUACUUUCCAUUGCGUCAUAACAUGCGAACCCGCGGGAUUCAUGACAUCGCUACUGCUCGGCUCGAACAGCUAGCUCCGUUCCCAUUCCACGAAGUGGUAGAUUGCAUCGCACGGUACCCUAACGCGAAGAUCGUGUGGGUCCAGGAAGAGCCAAAGAAUAUGGGCGCGUACAGUCACGUUCUUCCGCGUUUAUUUACGGCUCUCAAACAUCUGGGCGACUCCCGCGAGAUCUCAUACGUUGGACGUCCCCCGUCCGCUUCACCAGCAACAGGCCAGUACGAAGUCCAUGUUCAUGAAAUGAAGACAAUCGUUGACGAGGCACUGCGCGAUAGUAGUUGA